CCCUGCGGGAAAUAUCACACAUUGCACAACCCGACUGGCUGUUCGGAUUCACAGUCACAUGAGAGCGGCGAAGGGAAGCUGUUACAACUGUUGUAUUUGCACGGAAUCCUGACAGUUCCCGCCGGGGCUGCAGAGCGGAGCCGCGGGAGAGGCAGCGAGGUAGGUCCGCGGAUCAGUGAUUGACAGUCGGUCCGGGCACCGCCGCCGGGGGAGCCGGACCCGGAGCCGGACCCGUGGCAACUUUCUCUGGGAGCCGUUCCAACCGGUAUCGCGUAUCGGUUCAUAUCGGUGAGCUGUCAUGAAGGCCCUUCAGCUUGUGGAGACUUUGCUCACGGUGGUUCUGACCGUGGUUGCCGCCUCUCCAGUUGAUCCGGCGCUGACUGAAGACUGGGAGAAGUGGAAGCUGUCACACCAGAAACAGUAUGCAGAGGAAGAAGAAAGUCUUCGGAGAAUGGUGUGGGAAAAAAACUUCAGGUUAAUUGAAUAUCACAACCUGGAAUACAUGAAGGGUAAACACACCUAUGAUCUUAGGAUAAACCAGUUUGGAGACCUGACUGCAGAGGAGUUCAACGAGCAGAUGAAUGGGUUCCGUCCACCCAAAUCCGGGAACUCAACGCAACGGCUUUUAAGGAUUCCAGAAUCAGUCGAGAUUCCAAAGAGUGUUGACUGGCGUGACAAGGGAUACGUCACUCCUGUGAAGAACCAGGGAAGUUGUGGAUCCUGCUGGGCAUUCAGUUCAACCGGAGCGUUGGAGGGGCAGACCUUUAAGAAGACGGGAAAACUUAUCUCCCUGAGCGAGCAGAACCUGGUCGAUUGCUCAAGGGACCAGGGGAAUGCAGGAUGUCAUGGUGGAUGGAUGGAAAAUGCCUUCUUGUAUGUACAUGAGAACAAUGGAAUUGACUCUGAGGUUGGAUACCCCUACACUGGGACGGACGAUCCCUGUGCUUAUAAAAUCAAGUACAAAGCUACCAACUGCACCAAUUACUAUUUUGUUCCUCAAGGCAGUGAAAAAGCUCUAGCUCAAGCUGUCGCCAGAAAUGGACCAGUUUCUGUUGCUAUUGACGCCACACAUUCAUCCUUCCAGUUCUACCACUCAGGCAUCUAUUACGAACCGGAGUGUCAGACUAACAUUAUGAGUCACGCAGUGCUGGUCGUUGGAUAUGGAAGAAAAUCCAGGCUGAACUACUGGAUUGUUAAAAACAGCUAUGGCAUUGAAUGGGGAAAUCAGGGCUACAUUUUAAUGUCCAAAGACAGAAGAAACAAUUGUGGCAUUGCAACACACGCUGUCUACCCAGUGAUUUAAAGUCUACUCUGGACAGAGUCUGGGACUGCAGUGUAGGCGGUGCUUCACCCACUCUGUGUCUGUGUGAAACUGGAGAGAGAGAGAGAGAGGUUUUAUGUUGUUUUAAUUACUGUUGCUUCAUUUUAAAUAGAAUCACAACCUAUAAUUUUCUGUGGUGAUUUAACAUAACUUGUCUUUCCUGGAACUGGAACUGCAGUUCUAUCUAAAUGGUACACACAGAGAAUGCAAUGCUUGUUAAAGUGAUUGACUGACGAACAGGUCUUGUUGAUGAUGUAAAUCAUGUGACUACUUCAGAAUGGAGCAUACUGCCCUGCUGGACAGGGCAUUCCUUACCUUCCUCCCCUUGAAGACAGCAGCCUGGGUGGAGAACUUACUGUGACACAAAGGAGGCCAUGUGGCCCUUUGGUUCUAUGUUGACUCCGAGUCAAUCCCAGUCCGCUCUGUAUUUUCCCUGCACCCCUGCAACUUAUUCUCUCUCAAGUGCCCACAAACCCUUUUGAUUCUUUUGCCAUUUCACUGCACUAAUGGUACAUUCCAAUAGUCAGCUAACCUACCAGCAAUAAAAACAGAGAAUCCUCAAACACUCAGCAGGUCAGACAGCACCUAUGGAAAGAGAAACAUUUAUAGCACAUCCUUGGGAUGUGGGAGGAAACCCACACGGUCACAGGGAGCACCAGGGGACAGGAUCAAACUUGGGUCACUGGAGCUGUGGGGAAAGUUCAACUAGCUGACUUCUUAUGGUCAGCUUUAUGGAAGGUCCUAAUUCUGAGUGUCCUGCAGCUACCUACAUGGUGGUUGAUGUUUACAGGUAUUAAUAAACAUGAUUAACCCAUAA